AUGGAGGGCCUCGACCGUAUAGCUAAGAAAUCCUCGUCGAGGGCAUCUGGCAGCAAGCGUAGGACUCCAAAUAAAAGAUGGAAGGCUGAGUUCGACAGGUUUUUGAUUCCACUUCUUGUUGACCAAGUUAGAAAAGGGUUGAAAUGUGACAAAUUAUUUGAAAGAGCAGGAUUUGCCUUUGUUGCUGUUGCCGUCAAUUCUAGAUUCAAGACUGAGUUCAAUGCUAAGAACAUAAAAAAGGUGAGAGAUCUCAGUGGUGCAGGUUGGGAUGAUGCCACGAAGACCAUCACCCUUGACCCCCUAGUUGCUUUAGCUUACGUUGAGGCUCACCCAGCAACUAAGCCUGUUAUAAACAAACCAAUUGAACAUUAUGAAGAACUAAGGCUUAUAUGUGGUGAGGAUAAUGCAACGGGCUCGUAUGCAACUUCUAUGUUUGAUGACUUCGGGGAUAAAUCAGACCAUGGAGGCAAUAACAUGGACAACUUUGAUGAAUCCCCAGUAGAUCAGCCAAGUGAUGAUGAUGCUGAUGCUGAUGCAAACUCUGCCCCACCAGUUGUUAGCAGCCCUGCCACAUCCUCUACUCCAAGGUCACAACGCUCAAGCAGGGGAUCGAAGAACCCUUCAAUGAUGGGUGAUCUCAUUAUUAUGGUGGGAGAAAUGGCAUCUGCCAUUAAGAACCCUACCCACUGGUCAGAGACCUUGUAUGCAAAGGUUAUGGAGGUAGAUGGUUUUCAUAAGAAAAAACUUGUUGAUGCCUUUUACUAUCUGCAGCUUCGUGAAGUUGAGGCCAGAGGUUUCAUGGUCAAGGAUAUGGAACUCAGGAAGGAUUGCAUUGAAAAAUACCUAUCUAGGAUGGAUUGA